AUGAAGUUCACCCUCAUCUUCUCAACUGCUUUCCUCGCUUCAAUCUCCUUUGUCAAUGGUGCCCCCGUCAAGGCCGCUGCCCCUGCCGUGAUCGAAUGUCAGGUCAAACUUGGGAAAGAGCUCGGCGUAGACCUUAAAGACGGCGCCGUCUUGGUCUGUGGACUCAAGUUUGGGAAGGACGUCAAAAUUGAUACAGACUUCAAAGUUGAAGGCCCCAUUUCGGCCCGCGCGCUCAAGUUUGGGAAAAUUGAUACAGACUUCAAAGUUGAAGGCCCCGUUUCGGCCCGCGCGCUCAAGUUUGGAAAAGACGUCAAAGUCGAUACAGACUUGAAAGUUGAACGCGCCGUCUUCGCCCGCGAACUUCUGACGGUCAGUUUCUUUGUGCAUCAAAAGAGGAUGGUCGAAUUACUGAGAUUUGCAUUGAAGCCCGUUAAAGACGUCAAACUCGAUGAUAAGUAUGCUAGCGCCGUCUGGGCUCGAGAAAUCAAGCCUCUCAAGGAAGUCAAUCCCGACACCGAGUAUGCUGAUGGAACAGGUCUUGGGGACGCUGUCUGGGUUCGCAAUCUCAAGGUAAGAACUGUUUCUUGUGUCGAUACUGAUUUAGCCCGCGAAAAACGCACGUUGUAUUCUGAGAAUGUUGCAUCAUUAUGCUGUGUGCCACCAAAGAACCGAGCAUCAAUCAUUGCCUGCUUAAUCGUCAGCAACGAACUCCCGAGAGACGCUUUAUCGGUCCCUCAGAGCCCCGAAAACGUUGAUCUGGAGUAUCCUAAACCUAAGUUGACCAAUUGUUCGGGUCUUCCGCACAAAAGGGUCAAUUCCUCAACUUUCGCAGACGCCGAUACAGCAAAGCAUUCCAACAUAACCUCCAAAGCUGCCGAUUGA